CACUAUUCACCAAUCAGUGUUGCAUUCAAAGCCUCAUCAGCGGCGUUGCUGCGCUUGGUGGUUUUAUUUAUUUAUUAUAAUUUUUUAUUUGGGCAGUAAUUUUGUAUAAAUAACAUAUUCAAAUCUAUUAAAAUGACCAGUGAAAAAAUGUGUCGACUGUGCAUGGGUCGAUCCAACCUAAUAUAUUCGGUAAUGGAUGAAAAUCUUAUCCAGAAAAUUGCAAUCUGCGUUAGUGUUUUGAUUAAUCCAACGGAUGCAGCCUUUCCUUUGGAACUGUGUGCACUUUGUGUAUUGAAGGUGAAGGAUUUUUUCGAAUUCAGACAAAACUGUUUGAAAGUUCAGCAACUUUUGGAACAAAAUACAGCUCCGAUAGACGAAGUGAAACUGCCAUCCGACACGAACUUGGGAAUCAAAGAUGAAAAACCAUCCACUGAAAAGGUGGAAACUACUCAGGCGACGAAAUUUGAAAUUAUUAUUGAUUCAGAAGAAAACGAUGAUGAGCAUUUUUUGGAUGAGGUCCCAGAACACCAGGAAAAUGUGUCGAUAGUCGAGUCGGAAACGAUUGCAACAAUAGAAGAACUAGAAGAAAUACCUGAUGAAGAUGAGAUAAUCGAAUUGGUGGAGGAAACUCAUGAAACACAGCAAGAAUUUGAAUAUGAUUUGCAGAGCACAGAAGCUAGACAUAUGGAUUACCGUGUCGAUAUGAUAGAACUAAACUAUGAUUCAAAUAAUCCAGCAGAUGUUUCUGAUGAAAUACAAAAUGACGAAGAUUAUUCAGAAACCGAAAUUGAAUCAAACACUGUAUUGAAAAUUGAAGAAAACGAAGGACCAUCAUGUCAGAUAACUCCAUUGUUACGGAAUACACUUAAACAGUACAGUGGACCAAAGCAACCAAAACCUAGUCUAAGCGAAAAAGAAAUCUACCAGUCUCUGUUGCAAGCCUGUCCUACGUGCGGAAAAUCGGUUGAACGCAACCGCAUGGAAGGACACCGCAAUCGUCAUCUCGAUAUACGGCCUUACUUAUGUAGCGAGGAGAGCUGUAGUAUGACGUUUCACUGUAAAAUAUCGCUGAGGCUUCACACCAAAGCUCGACACAGUACCGAAAAGAUGAACUGUGAUAUCUGUGGAAAAGUGUACACUUCGAAAAAGGGUCUCUAUCAUCACCGGAAGGAAAGCCACACGGAAAAGCAUUACGCAUGCGACGAGUGCGGACUGGUGUUUGUAACCAACGCACGUUUGAACCGUCACAAGGUAAUUCACACAGAUCAGCGGGAGUUCAAAUGUCCGUACUGUCCAAAGGAAUUCUUUCGGAACAAUAAUCUAAAGGUCCACAUCCGUAGUCACACUAAGGAGAAACCCUUCAGCUGCUCUGCGUGCGAUAAAGCUUUCGGCUAUCAAAGGCUCUUGCGGGAACAUAUAAGCCGACAUCAUUGAUACGUAACCAACAGUAACGGCCGAUUAUAAAAUACAUUUAAUAUUUUUGUAUAAGUUAAAAAAAUGCGGUUUUUGUUGAA